AUGGAAAAAGGAGGAAGCAGAUCCUUCACCUUGUCUUGGUGGCCUUUCGUUCUAGCCUUUCUUGUUCUUUGCUUUUGCGGUGAAACUUGUAACGCUAAGGAUGAUAGUAAGUCUUCAUGUACCUCCUCCUGCGGCCUUAUCCAUAACAUAACUUAUCCUUUUCGACUAAACGAUGAUCCGAAGAAAUGUGGCGACAGAAGGUAUACUCUUUCCUGUGAGAACAACGUUACUGUGCUAGAUCUACCUCAUUCCGGUAAAUACCACGUACAGGCAAUCAAUUACAAGACCAUCCGACUUCUAGAUCCUGGCCUUGACAACAACAAUUGCUCUUCCCUGCCUCAAAAUUGGCUGUCCUAUGAUAUUCCGCAUCUAUCUCCAUAUGAUUCAUCGCUUCCAGUGUCAGUAUAUUACUUGAGGUGUAGAAACCAAGUAAAGUCUUCUCUGUACGUGGAUACUGCUCCAUGCCUGAAUAAUAGUGCCACUUCUUUGAUCCAACCUAAAUCUUAUAGUUAUGUCAUGGUUAACAAAACAAUGGAAGAUUUGAAUGAGGGUUGCAGAGUCGAGAGGAAGGCUUCGAUGCUCUCGGACUACCUUAAGGGGUACUGCAAUGCCUCUUAUAGCUAUGAAUGUAUACACAGUGCACUCAUGUAUGGCUUUGAGCUUCGAGUGUAUCGGCCUGAUGAACCCUGCAAUGGCUCAUAUUACAUUGACAGUUAUUACAUUGACGGUUCGAGUAAUUUGAAAUGUUUUCCGCGCACCAUCCCAGGUUUCUUUCAAUAUGCAUGGGCUAAAAUCCGUGAAACCGUGGAUCUUGGAUACCUUCCUCCAUGGUUUCCAUUCCAUUCCAUCCAUUCCAUCGCGUGUGGAUGGGAAAUACUGAUGGGCAUCGGCUUAUUUUUUCUAGCAAGACUACUGUUUGGCGUUCCAAUUGCGGCUGUAUUUUUAGUCUAUAAAUGGCGAAGAAGACAUUCGUCAAUGUAUAGUACAAUAGAAGACUUUCUACAGCGCGAUAAGAAUUUCAUGCCUAUAAGGUACUCUUACUCGGACAUCAAGAAGAUGACUCGCAAGUUUAAGGAUAAGUUGGGCAAAGGCAGCUAUGGCUUAGUAUUUAAAGGAAAGUUACGCAGCGGCCGUUUUGUAGCAAUUAAAGUUCUGAGCAAUUCCAAAGCUAAUGGCCAAGAUUUCAUUAGUGAAAUAGCUACCAUUGGAACGAUUCACCAUGCCAAUGUGGUGCGACUCGUUGGUUAUUGUGUUGAGGGCUCAAAGCGUGCUCUAGUAUAUGAGUUCAUGGCUAAUGGCUCUCUUGAUAAAUACAUUUAUUCCGAAGAAGGAAGUGUGCCUUUAACUAUCGACAAAAUGUAUGAGAUUUCUCUUGGAGUGGCUCAAGGGAUUGAGUAUCUACAUCAAGGUUGCGAGAUGCAAAUUCUCCAUUUCGAUAUCAAGCCUCAUAAUAUUCUUCUUGAUGAGAACUUCAAAGCAAAGGUUUCUGACUUUGGGCUAGCAAAGUUGUAUCCCGUCGAUAAUAGCAUUGUCACGUUGACGGCAGCGAGGGGCACAAUGGGAUAUAUUGCUCCUGAAUUGUUCUACAAAAAUAUUGGAGGCGUUUCACACAAGGCCGAUGUCUAUAGUUUCGGAAUGUUGUUGAUGGAAAUGGCAAGCAGAAGGAAGAAUUUGAAUACAACGGUAGAGCAUUCAAGCCAAAUCUACUUCCCACUGUGGGUAUACGAUUAGUAUAAUGUGGGAAAUGACUUGGAGAUGGACAAUGUAACAGAGGAGGAAAAGAAUGUAAUCAGAAAGAUGGUUAUAACCGCCUUGUGGUGCAUUCAAAUGAAACCAACCGAUCGCCCUUCGAUGCACAAAGUCAUCAAGAUGCUUGGAGGAGAUGCUGAAUGUUUGCAAAUGCCCCCCAGGCCUUCUCUAUGCCCACAAGAGACUCCUGUGGCUGUGGGUGACAUUCAAGACCCAAUAUGUUCAAACGUAGAGCUAACAUGUUCUUUGGCAGCUAGGUGAUAAUCAAGUUCUUAGUUAUAAAAGUGAAAUAAUGUAUUAUAAAUUCUUACUUUAAAAAGAGAUUUAAUUAGUGAAGAACUAUUAUUCGAGGUUUA